AUGUUGGCAAGUAGCAUGUUCGCUGAAUGGGCGAAACAGAAUGCGGCUACAUUUGGGGAUUUGCAUCGGCUUGGCUCACUGCAACAGAGAUCCGAUUCGGCUGCCGCUGCGGCUCUUCUCCCAUUUGUCGCUUUUGGUCCAUCAGUUCCUUUCAGAAAACCGACAAUUAUUCAACGAGAAGAUUCGAAAGUUGCAGGUACGUUU